GACCCACAGUUGUCGCUACUCAUCAGCGACAAGCAUCUGAUCAGUGUUUGGGACGGACCGGACGCUUGUUCUACUGCAUUUUCUUCUUGUACUGGAGCAAAAACAGCCAUUCUCAAUCCGACGAAUGCUAAAGAAAACUCCUAGUUUGGGAGGAUGGUGAAACAGCGUCGCGCCAGAGCACACUCCUGCUGUGCAUCUGUUGAUCCUCUUUGCUGCAGAAAAGGGUCACUAAAGACUCUCAGAGAGCCCGCCAUCUUUGCACGGGAGACCAGCUGUGACUGCCGUGCACCUCACGAGAAGCUCACCAUCGCUCAGGCUCGCAGAGGCACCCCAGUGGAUCGGCCUGUUCGAGUCUACGCAGAUGGCAUCUUUGACCUGUUCCACGCUGGACACGCUCGGGCCCUCAUGCAGGCCAAGGAUCUUUUUCCUAAUACUUACCUCAUAGUAGGAGUGUGCAGUGACGAGCUGACCCAUAAGUACAAGGGUUUCACCGUCAUGACAGAGCACGAACGCUACGAAGCUUUGAGGCACUGCCGCUACGUCGAUGAGGUUUUGAGGGAUGCACCGUGGACACUCACGCCAGAGUUUCUUGAGAAACAUAAGAUCGAUUUUGUGGCUCAUGAUGAUAUUCCGUACUCCUCAGCAGGAAGUGAGGACGUUUAUAAACACAUCAAAGAAGCAGGGAUGUUUGUGCCCACGCAACGAACGGAAGGAAUCUCAACCUCUGACAUCAUAACCAGAAUCGUCAGAGACUACGACGUCUAUGCCCGGCGCAAUCUUCAACGUGGCUACACGGCUAAGGAGCUGAAUGUCAGCUACAUCAAUGAAAAGAAGUAUCGGCUGCAGAACCAAGUCGAUCGCAUGAAGGAAAAAGUUCGAAAUGUAGAGGAAAAGAGCAAACAUUUUGUUUAUCGAGUGGAGGAGAAGAGUCACGAUCUCAUUCAAAAAUGGGAGGAAAAAUCUCGAGAAUUUAUUGGCAACUUUCUAGAACUUUUCGGACCGGAUGGGACGUGGAAACAAGUGUUUCAGGAGCGCAGUGGACGAAUGCUGUCCUACGCACUGUCUCCCAGAGAAUCCCCCUGCAAUAGUCCUCCCCGAGAACUGUCCCCCCUGCGCUCUCCCUCUCCCCCAUCACCCCCAGCCCGCUGGUACAAUGCACGUCCAUCGCCUCCUACCUCCCCUAAAGGAGCGUCUGCCUCCAUCAGCAGCAUGAGUGAAGGUGAUGAAGAUGAGAAGUAGAUGAACUCCCUUAAACACACACGAACUGAUAUUUCACUCACAGUACACUGCCUGGGGACACGUCAUUCAAAAAAGAAGGAAGAAACACACACACACACACACUGCUACAAACACUAGCUGGAAACAGCCUUCCUCAAAGACGUUGCAAAUUUGCAAUGCUGACAAUGAUCAGGGGAAAUGUAGUUCUCACCUGCAGAGCUAAGAAGCCAUCAUCGUCUCAGUUGUCAGGACAACCAGACAAACAAGAGGAAGAGGAGGAGGAUUGGGUUUAAUGUUCAGUAUUCCCUUUUAUGAGGACUAGAUUUGCUUUGGAUUGUCCAGAACUAAUAGGGACGUUAAGAGCCUGCGUAUAAUACCACUGCACUGCAUUUGUCUCCUGUUAUGUCCUUUUCUUGAUGCCAAGUUUACUUUAGAAUUAAAAAAACACUCAAUGUGAGUGAGUAGGUUAAUAGUGGUAAACACCAUAUGAUACAAAACCCUGCUACCUAGAGCAGCAAACCUUAGAAAAACAGAGGAGACCCGUUGCCUAACUAGUGCUAGUUUUGCACCAUUUUAGCAUGAAUGAUUGCCAAGAAUGUUCACAGGUGGCUUAAUUGUGUGUUGUUCUUAUGGACACAAAUUAAAAUCUACAAAGGGAAGGCUGAAAUAAAGUUACAUGCUCUGACAAAAACCCAGCUCAACAGAAAAAAAGAAAAGUUUUAAAAGUCUCCUGCGUUUUGUGUUUAAAUGGCAAAAACAAUCCAGCAUUUGAGGUUCAUGCUGCAUUUCUUAUAACUGCUUGUUUUUCCAGAAAAAUAAAAGCAAUAGUUCAGAAACUUUCAAAUGGGGGUGUUGAUGGUUUUAAUGGCAUAUGUGUUGCCCUUUGAAUGUAAGUUUGUAGAAAUGGCAAAAAACAAAAACAUACCAAAAAAUAAAAUAAAAAUAACCCAUAAGCUAAAAGUGGGUUUCUCAAGUCUUAAAACUCAAGUCUCAAAAACAAACGUUUUAUACAUUUUUUCACACAGUUUGAGUUCUAAAUAACAUUGUUUGGCAGUAAUUUUUCAGCAGGAAGUGCUUAAGACUUAGCCGGAAGUGUGUUUAGCUAAACAGGAAGUUCAGCAGUUAGCUAUUUGCACAUUCAAAUAAUCACUAAAUUGUAUAUAAAUAAUCCUGUACUGUAUAUCUGAAGCUAAUUAAGCACUACUUGAGUUAAAAUGUAAUGUUUAUAAGAUUUUUUAGACUAGGGGCGUUUUAAGAUGGUAGAAAUGCACCUUUGUCAUGGAAACAUCAGAUUAGUCAUUAGCUCAUCUAAUCAGAGCCAGACUGGGAAUGAGUUAAUUUUUCAAAAUAUGUUAAGACUGUAUGAAGCAGGUAAAAAAAAACAACUUAAAACACUUUAAUAUUAACUUCCAUGGGCUUAUUGGGGCAAAGCUUCCAAAUGAGUAAUUGUAAUCUUUAUGAUUUGAGGUCACGUUUCAAAAAACAGUAACCCUACAGCUGAGACCUCACAAACACUUCAAUCAUUUUUAAAUGAUUAAAAAAUACAUUUAAAGCCUUUUUUAGAACACCUUUCCAUAGUUUAUCAGUUUUAACCAGAUAUUUUGGAAAAUAACGUCCGCUGUUAAAAAAAAUAAAAAUACAUCUGAUGGUACUUGAAUUCUAUACAAAAAAAAAGGGAACUGAAGCUCUCUGGGUUAACUGGGUUGUAGAGGCCCAAAAGAUUAGCCCUAAACUUUUUGUUGAUAUCAAAAAUGUGCUUUUCAUUUUGUCCGUGUGUGCUCAUUAUUAAAUCAGACUUCUCCUCCACUGUAACAUACUUAACUGCAAUGUAGACACUUUAAUGUCCUGUACACACAAUAUGUUAAUCAUUAUAUGUAAAAACUUUUAAAACACACCUGUUUUUUAUUGUUUGUUGUGCAAGUGUCUGGAUAUGUUAUUACAAAUAAAAACUGUAUGUGCGUCAAA